AUGCCCCAAAUAACAUAUACGGUGGAAAGAACAAAAGCUAUGGCUGCUUCUGCUGCUUUUAAUUUUCCUGAUCGAAAUACAAUGUCUUUUACCUGCAAAAUUAAGCUUUGUAUGAACUCUGAUUUGGAAUGCAAUAAUUUAACUCCACCAAAUUGCAACGGAAAACGUGCCAAGAGUGCAUCUAACGGAAACUUUAAUGAGGACACCAGUGGGGAAUCAUCUGCCCUGCUUAAUGCAACUGAAACACCUCUGCCUCCAUCUGCUUCAACUACACCACUUUCGAUUAUCACAAAAACUAAUGUUAAACAACGGGUUGAAGUCAGUGGAGAUGUGAUUCCUGAGAAUGAGUUUGGAACUACUAUGGAGGCCAUAACAGCUACCUCUACUAAUAAACAUAAACAAGAUCUGAAAAACGAGGAAAGAAUUGAGGAAAAGACUGAAAAUAGUAGAAGCACUCUCUCAAGCAGUACAACCGGUUUGCGGUUUUCAAGCAGUACGUCAACAGAAAGCACAAGAUCAGAUCGUAUUAAACCAACAAUAAAGGAAGAAUCAGGCGAAGAGCAGCAAAGGCCUUCAAGCAGCACAACAAGAAGUUCAAGCAGUAUACCGAGAAGUUCAAGCAGUACAACCACUUCUGAAGGAAGUGAACAACUUCUAAGUAGUGUGGAGCGUAUGAAUAGCGCCUCGGCAGAGAACAGCAGAGAAACUGUUGCUUCUUCCACUUGGUCAUCAAGCAGUACAACUGAAGGAAUUCCAUUACCCCCAACAUUGAUAGCAACAUUCCACACCACAAAUUCCAACAACAUAAUUUCCUCAAAGAAAGACGAAUUUCCCCAACCAGAUUUAUUGCUACACAAAGACAAAGCUAUGUUAGUGCCCCAUGAGAGAAAAAUCCCUCCAUCAGCUUCUAAAACAAGUAAUAGAAUGGAUGAGGCAGUUGAACGUGCUGAUCCAAAUUGGACUGUUUCUGCUGAAGAAGUUAAACAAGAGGAGGAAAAAGAGAAGAAAGAAAAUGACGAAGUGUUUAAUGGAACGACAAAACCUGUUCAAGUUUUCGAUAAGCGUUCUGGUAAUGAAGCAAAAUCAGCUGCCCGUUCGCAAAGAGAUACUACGCGGGGACCACCUGCUUCAUUAAAUGCUGGUGAUGGGAAAAGAGCACAUAACAGAAGGAGAGGAACACACGAAGUCGACUUUGACAUAAGCUCACCCGAAUUGAUGAUAAUGGAUGAUUAUGAACCCGCUGCUGCUGCUCAACGUGGGUCGAUCCAACGCAGCUCCAUUCAAGAAGCUCCUUUCAUCGACUGGUCUACCCAAGAACGAGGCAAUAAUACCGUUGUUUGCCUCUCACCAAUUGCAAUAAUUUCUGGCGGAUUGCUUCUGCUUCUAUUGUUGUUAAUAAUGUUAGUAAUUUUAAUGAGAGUGAUGCGGAAAAAUAGGGGAAGUAGUGGAACUUUAAUGGAGCAUAGUCUAUAUAGCAGUUGAUUUUGAUAAAAUUAUCUAAUCUUUCUAUCAAUGACUCAUAAUAAUUAAUUAAAUUACUAUUCAAUUU